CCAGAAUCUAAUGCCUUUGUGGUAAUCUCACAGCAUAUCUAUUCAUGUCACUAUCCAUCGUCGGAGAAUGACCCAGAAACAAGUCUCCAAGCAAUCAGCCUCUGCGGGGGCAGGGACACAUUCAUGCCCGGCAUGCCAGAAAAGUAAAUUUAAGACGGCCGCAGCCUUGAAGGACCACCAGUUAUCUCUUGGACAUGGGAUUACCUGCGAGAAGUGCAAAAGGGUGUUUAAGGACUCGCACUCACUGGCGCAGCACCAGGUCAUUCAUAAACCAACGAGUACGACCAACGGCAGCCCUCCGAAGAAACCUGUCGUGGCUUCCAAUGGCCCCGGCCCUAAGCAACCGGUGGUGGUAGCAGCGAGCCCCCCGGCUCUGCCUAUCGUUCUACCUCUCUCCUACCAGAGCACUGCGAUGGGAGAAUCAAACAAUCUGAUACCAGCACCAACAACAACAAUAACAAACCCUAUAUUCAACCACCCACAAACCACACAUCACACAUACACACUCCUCGACACCCCCGAACAGAAUCUCAUCUUCCGCUACCUCCUAGCCCGGUGCCACCCCCUCGCCCGUCUCAAAUCCCAAGGCUACACCAUGUCCACCAAUACCAUAUCGGGCCACCGUCCGGUCCAAAAAAGCAUCAUCCCCCGGAACGCCUUCCGCCACGCCCCGCCCUUCCUCCCCCAAGCCCCAGACAAACGAAAGGCAGUCGUCAUAGACUGCGAGAUGGUACAGGUAUCGCAGAACCGCCGCGAACUUGCCUUCCUCAGCGCCGUCGAUUUUCUCACCGGCGACGUCUUGAUCAAUCGGUACGUGAAGCCUAGCUUGCCCGUUACCGACUGGAAAACCGCCGUGAGUGGGAUCACCGCCGAGUCGAUGGCCACCGCGCUGAUGAGAGGGGAGGCGUUUCGCGGGUGGGAGGAAGCGCGUCAGGCGCUGUGGGCCUUCGUGGAUGAUGAGACUGUUCUCAUUGGGCAUUCGUUGAAUAGUGAUCUUAGUGUUCUGGGUAUGAUACAUGUGCGCGUGGUUGAUUCGGCGAUUUUCACGGCGGAGAUUGUGUUUCUUACGCUUUUGGCGACGCAGCCGUUGAAGCGUGUCUGGGGUCUGAAGACUCUGGUUAAGGAGCUGCUUGACUAUGACAUUCAAUCUGGUAGUCAGGGGCAUGAUGCCCUCGAGGAUGCUUUUGCUACCCGCGAUCUGGUUAUUUGGUGUUUGAGGAAUCCCGAAUUGCUGAAGCUGUGGGCGGAUCGCGCCCGAGAGGAACAUAGGGUUGAGCGCGAACGGCAGAGUUCGGGGAGACGGAAGGGAGGGAAUGGUAGGGCGAGGAACGCGAAGGAGAUGGGAAAUGGGGUGGGGUUGCGGAGUCCUCUCAAUAUACUUGAUAGUGAUGGUGACUCGGAGUCGGAGAUCUUGCGCUGGGAGGAUAUUGCAGUGGAUUGUGGAUGGCCUCAUCCCGAUACGGGGUAUGAUCCUUGGUCGGACUGAUAGUGUCGGUCGUUUCAGGAAUUUGGGCUGUGGGGUGCACGUUGUAUGUUUGGUAAAAUGCCAUGUGAAUUGAAGGAUCAGGCUCAAGAAUGUGGUGCGAAGCUGGAGGAGUUUUUAUGGGUGUUAUAUGAUUUCAAGGCAGACAGAAC